CUCCUCAGCAAGCCGACAACUUCACAACACAUAAUCGCCAUGGCCCCCAAAAAGAACCAGAAGGGUGCGGACAGCAUCAACGCGAAGCUCGCUUUGACGAUCAAGUCUGGCAAGGUCACUCUCGGCUACAAAUCGACCCUCAAGAGCCUGCGAUCUGGCAAGGCGAAGCUCAUCAUCAUUGCCGGCAACACGCCUCCUCUGCGGAAAUCUGAGCUCGAAUACUACAGCAUGCUCGCCAAAACCGCCGUCCACCACUUCUCCGGCAACAACAUCGAACUCGGCACGGCAUGCGGUAAACUCUUCCGAUGCUCCACCAUGGCGAUUCUCGACGCCGGUGACUCCGACAUCUUGAGCUCGAGCACGGCAUAGAUAUGUGAAGAGGAGGUAUUCGGAGAGCAUGAAUCGGCGUUGAUGCAGCGGGACUAUAUUCCGGCGUUGUGAUGCGCUGAGUGCUGGAUUUGCACCUUUGCCGUAGCGGGGGCAUGCCACAUAUCUCAAUCAAUGCCAUCGUCUUUCUCAUGAAGACCAAAUCACGAACCUUCAUCUCAACCCUUGCUCGCCAGUG